AUGGCUCCAUUGACAGCAUCGUCGUUCACACCCCAAGCCAGGCUGACAUACCUGGGCAUAUCAGCCAUCGUACGACGGCACUUCAGCGCAUCUGCACAUCGAUCCGAUUCAGGCGCCUACUCCCGAUCAGACUUCAAUAAUCAGCCGUAUACCGGCAUAUAUGAGCCCGGGCAGCCAACCGAAGGUCCAUUACGAGAUGCAUCCAACAUUGGAGCGCCACGCAUAACCCCCUCGAUCCUCAAGCAGCACCUCGACCAAUUCGUCGUCGGCCAGGAGCGUGCUAAGAAGACCCUUGCAACGGCAGUCUACAACCACUACCAGCGGAUACAAGAGCUGCAGAGACGAGAUGAAGAGGAGGAGGAGUUGCUGGCGCAGGAGGAGCGAAGGCGGAUGUCACAACACCCUCGGCAUCCUGUAGAAGGUAGGGAAGGAGAGCUCAAGAGAGGGAUUGCUGUGCCUUCGCUGACGAGAGAUUGGCAUGGUGAAGAUGAAUUUCCUGGCCAGCAACAAACUAUCAAUCUUGGACCGCCCAGUUCAGGCCAACAGCAGCAAAGAACUUGGGAGCCGAAUGGUCCAGGGCCGCCUUCAUCACCCUUGCAUGAUCCUAGUCCUUUGACGAUAGAAAAGAGCAAUGUGUUAUUACUGGGUCCGUCAGGAGUUGGAAAGACGUUGAUGGCAAGGACAUUGGCUAGAGUGCUUGAGGUACCAUUCAGCAUGUCCGACUGCACACCCUUCACUCAGGCUGGAUACAUUGGCGAGGAUGCUGAAGUAUGUGUGCAGCGGUUGCUGGCAGCAGCAAACUAUGAUGUGACACGAGCCGAGCGUGGUAUCAUCUGUCUGGAUGAGAUAGACAAGAUUGCUACAGCCAAGGUCUCGCACGGGAAGGACGUCAGCGGCGAGGGCGUACAACAAGCUCUGUUGAAAAUCAUCGAAGGAACGACGUUACAGAUCCAAGCCAAACAAGAGCGAGGCAGUGGUGCUGGCACAGAUCGUAAUCGGGGACAAAACGCAGGCUACCCAACGAACAGCCCCCUCUCAGGCGGUAACAUGGGUCAACCGUCUUCAGGUGCUCAGAAAGGCGAGGUCUACAACGUCAAGACGGACAACAUCCUCUUCAUCUGCGCAGGCGCGUUCAACGGUCUACACAAAAUGAUCCUCGACCGAAUAAGCAAAGGCAGCAUCGGCUUCGGCGCAACCGUCCGCGCAGCGCCAGGCUCAGACUCCAGCGGCCAACAACACGAAACAAUCCUCGAAGGCGAAGACGAUCUCUUCGAAAAACACCUCCCCUACUACGCCCCACCUUCACCAACACCCGACCCAUCCAGACCCCCACCAAAACGAAUGUACAACACCCUCGACCUGGUCGAACCCCAAGACCUCCAAAAAUACGGCCUCAUCCCCGAACUCGUCGGCCGCAUCCCCCUCUCCUGCGCCCUCUCCUCCCUCGACAUCGACGCCCUCGUCAAAGUCCUCACCGAACCCCGCAACAGCCUCCUAAAGCAAUACCAACAACUCUUCUCCCUCUCCAGCAUCGACCUCCGCUUCACCACGCCCGCCCUGCACGCCAUCGCCCGCACAGCCUCCAAAAUGGGCACCGGCGCCCGCGGCCUCCGCACCGUCAUGGAACGCCUCCUCGCCGACGCCAUGUACGAAACGCCCGGCUCCGGCAUCAAAUACGUCCUCAUCAGCGAGGACGUCGCGAGCAGGAAGGCCGGCGCGGUGUAUUUCCCGCGGGGUCAGCAGAGUCGGUUCCAUGGGAUGAUUGCCGCAGAGGAGGAGGCGUGGGAGGAGAGGAAGAGGGCGGAGAAUCCUGAUGAGAGUGAGUUUGAGGCGAGGGCGAGGAAUAAUAGUCAGGGCGGGGCGGCGAAGACGUUUGAGGAGUAUCGGGAGAAGGCGACUGCGGCGGGGUUUCAGUAG